UGAAUAUAGAAUUGGUGAAGUAGUGAUAUUUAUUUUAAAUUGGAUUAUAAUUUUUAUUGAAAAUGCCACCAAAAACGACUAAUCAGAAUAAGAGAUCCGGACGGAUGGCAAAAAAAGGUGGGCAAGCAGUGCUUCAAGAAGAAAUAAACAACGAUGAUGAUUGGACAAAAAUUAUAGAAAAACCUGGAAUGUAUGUCGUGGACGUUUAUACAGAAUGGUGUGGCCCUUGCAUACCAAUGACGGCGUACUUAAAAAAAAUUAAAUUGGAAUUAGGCAGUGAAAAUCUACAUUAUGCUAUAGCAAAAUCUGACAACAUAAAUGUGCUAAAAAGAUAUCGACAAAAAAGUGAGUCCUAUUGGAUGUUUUUUUAUGAUGGAAAGUUAGUCAAUAUCAUUAUUGGCACCAAUGCUCCUAGGCUAAUGCAAUUAAUAGUGGAGGAGUUGGAACAGUAUGUUAAGUUCAAGAAUGGUGAAAUCCAAAGAGAGUUUAUAUCAAUGGAUACUGUAACCGAUGAAGAAAAAAAAAAAUUAAUCGAAAGUGAAAACUAUGAAAAACAGAAAACAAAGAAAGAAAAAAAAAUAAGAGAUUUUAGAAUGAUGAAAGCAAGAGAACAUUCUCUGAAAAAAUUUUCGGUUAACAUACAAAAUCAAACGUGUGUUAUGUUUUUCCCUCACACGAUCAACUGUAUUAUGGUGGAAAAACCAGUUGAUGCCGAAGAAUUAGACAAACCUUCUGAACCUGUGAUGGUAGAAAAAAGUGUGUGUGAAGUGGCUAGCUUAUGUGCUAGUAAAUACGAGGAACUUAUUAUUAUCGAAACUACAGAAAUGGAGUUGACAGAAGAUAAUUUGAAUGAGAUAUUUUUCACGGAAAAAGAGUUUCUGGAAAGUUUUUCUCAAGAAUUGGUCGAUCAACUGUUGAGUAAAAAAGUAUAUUCGGUAAUGUUGUCAAUGCCUACUAUCAAACAUGAUACUGUUACCCAAGAAAUCGGUACAGAAGAUGAAAAUGUAUCUGAGCCUAUCGAUUUGAUGGGAGUUAUAGAAAAUAAGCUAAGUACAAUUGUUUACGGCGAUGGAACUCCACUAAGCCCUAGUCCGAAUUCACUUGCAGAUGUGCAUAAGAUAGUAAACGAAUCCGGACAAAAAAUACCAUCGUUAUACACUCCUAGAAAUCCACUGAGUAAAGCUUCGGCACUCACCAUUUUGUUCGACAAAUUCUGCGAAAACAAUGGAUAUAUUGCACCUCAGCCACCUUUACCACAGUAUCUUGUAAUUUUUGAUAUCAACAAAUCUAACAUCGUAUUACCAAUAAUCGAAGAUCUUGAAGAAAAAGUUGUCAACUAUGCCUUUUUCCGUUGCGCUGAUCCUGAAAAACCCAAGCUACUGUGCAAAGAUUCCGAAUUAUUAGCUACAUACGGUACAGAAAAAGUUGGAAAAGACGCUAAAUUGGUGUUGUCUGUACUCAUGGAUGACAAGGAUAAGAGUCUGUUGCGUUUUGUUGACGUUGGACCGAAUUAUGUAAGUCCGGAUCACGAGUCGGGAAUCGACGAUGCUAUUAAGUUUUUCCCAUACGAUUUCGAUGAGAUGGAUGGUGAAGUAAAGCUGUGGUUGGCCCAACAAGAGGUCCGCGACGAGGAGGAUACAGACAUUGAGAAUGGCUUGGGCGAAAGUGAAGAAGGAGUGAUGGAAGAAGAGAACUCCCCACAGGAUCAGCAAAAGGAACCAGCGCAGUCAAAUGUCGUCGAUUAAUAUUGUGUUCAUUGCUUACCAAAUACCAACGGGUGCCGAUUGCAUGUUUGAUUAUUUUAAAUCAAAUACUUUUCGAAAAAAUAUUUGAAUUUGUAUACUAAAUAUUUUUUUUAA